AUGUGGAAGUUUAUCUUAAAAACAGUGAUACUGCUGUCGUGUGGAUUCACCCAGGCGGCUAUUCUAAGCAAAAACAAACCCAUACCUUGGUCAUUACCAGAAUCAGUGACUGGGAUAUCAAAACUGUCCAUUGAUUGUUCGGGAAGACUCUAUAAAGUUAGCACAUCUCCAUCACACUGUUCCCACUGCUUCGGCGUCAUUCCGGCAGGUACAGGUACGUAUUCUUUGUUCUACGCUGCACGAAAUGGAGCUUCACUGGACUACGACACCGUCAACCUCUACACCUUCAGCAUGAGCUGCGAUGACGGGACAACAGACCCUACUACCGGAGAUGUGAUCCUGCAUGUUAUUCCCAACUUCCCACCAUCCUUCCAAGAUACCUCAAGUAUCAUGACAGUGUCGUCAGCCACGACAGCAGGUGGACAGGUUUAUGAUCCCAAACCGCAAGAUGAAGAGAAUGAUCAACUUACCUUUUCUCUCGAGGAAAGUCCAAAUAAUGGAUUUUUCCAAAUUGACGCGAAUGGAGUAGUUCGUGCCAAGAAGAGCCUGAACACCUUCUGCAGUCAGGAGACUUUAAUGAUAACAAUGGAGGAUGGGUCGAAUCCACCAGUAAACAAAACAAUAACUAUGGAUCCAGGAGGAAACACCAAACCAACUUUAAGAGAUUGGAAUCGAGUCAUGACCAUUCCUGAAAACACAGUACUGGAAUUACCCAUAACUGACAAUCUUGGUACUGAUGGUAGUUGUAUUCUUACGGUCAACCCACCAGAAUACUCCGCCUAUUUCGAUUCUACGUCGCGGUGUCCACAAGGUGCUGCUUCCAGAAUAAUUACACCAGCUGGAGGCGAGACAUUUAACUUCGAAGUCCAUCCACCCGUUAACAUUUCCUUGGUACUUGACAAUGGAAAUUGUCCGGCAGAUGCAAUAUGGGUGUACUUAAAAUGGACUGACGUUCCCGACCCCCCGACACUAACUCUGAAUAGAAUGGACUUCUUAACAAAAGAAGGACUUAUUGAGAUCGAACCAGAGUAUGAGAUCAAGGAUGAUGACAACCUGGAUAAGCACGUCUAUUCCUUUGUAGACCCCGAUAAAUCGAAUCCAAAUUUUAAGAUCGACCCGGACACUGGUCGAAUAUACACUCCAAAAUACUAUGAGAUGAAUUGUGACAAAGAUAAAGACGGGUUUAUAUUUGAAGUGCAGGUCACAGAUCAAAAUGGAAAUGUAUCGGAACCACCUGUUAAAGUCAAGCUGAAUCUAACAGACGUCAAUGAUCACAGACCACGGUUCACACGACGAUUUGAUAUAACUCCUUCCGUGUACGCAGAUUGUAUUCAGCCGUUCAUACUAGUUGACCUGUCGGACGACGUAACGGAUGAUGACUGUGAGAUAACAAACAGAGCAGUUGAAUUCGUAGAAAUUUCAUCUGGAAGUCUUUCAAUCUCGAAAUAUGGAAUUGUUCGAAUUACCAAGCCUCCCAUAGCAGGUCGGGUAGACAUUUUAACCAUCCUAGCCAUAGACAAAGGAGAACCACCACUAUUGAGUGAAACAGAGACCAUCUCGAUCCUGGGCUACCCGUGUCCAACAACACCACGACCUGUAGUUUACGAACCAGACCACACUCACAAUAAUAACAACAACGGGAAUAACAAUAACAUUGAUAAUAACAAUAAUAAUAAUGACAAUUACAACAAUGGGAAUAACAAUAACAAUGGAGUAACAAGUAUUGUAGCUACCGUGGCACCCGUGGCACCUGUGGCAACUUGCUUCUUCGACUAUCCGGGGAACGUUGCUUCGAUUGUUUUGGCUGCAAUACUGGGCCUGCUGUUGCUGCCUCUACUUCUGUACUUAUGCUGCAGAUUUUGUGGCAAUGCUUGCUACAAUUGCCGAAAUCCACCUUUGAAAACCAACAAGAUCAAACCCAAUAAACUUAGUGGAGACGGUAAAGGUAAAGCUGAAAAGAAAAAACCGGAAGAAGGAAUGGCCGAAGAAGGAGAGGUUGUGACUAGCAAGAAAUCAGCUUUGGUUGAAAAUGGGUACUCUAAUGCUGAAGCUGGUGGAAGUGGUGGUGGUGGGUAUUCCUCAGAAAAUGGGGGAGGUGAAGGAGUCGUGGUCGGAGAUGCUGAAGGAGGAAAAACCAACGACGGUUAA